AUGCUUUUCAAAAUGCCACGGAAAUUCUGCGAGAAUAUGUCAUUUUGGACCGUUUUAGGAGCAAGAUGCGGCGAACCGUGCAUCGCAACCUGCCUCAACCCUCUGGCGGGAAUAUUUUCGCGCGAAAUACGACGAGAGCGCGCGUCUUUGUACGCGGCGCUUUUUUUGCGCGAAACGGCCGAGCGUUAUACCCUCCGCGGUGGACAUUUAAAUCGAAGUCAUCCGGUCCCUUUAAUCCGUUGUUUUAGUUCCGGAUUGCAUUGGAUCGACUCCCUGAUCCAUCUAGUUCUACAAUCAUGACACAGUUUUGAUCGCAGGGACGAGUAUUAUUCGUUUGGAGGGGGAUUUUUCGAGGUCCACCAUGUCCGCGUAGCGGAAGCCUACUUUGUGCUGGGCGCCGGCUGCUGGCGGUGCGGGCCACAUCGCGUCGAGGGAUGAUGAUCUCCACCCGUCAGGUGGACUUUGUUCACCCGGAGAUGGCCAGCGGAAGCUUCAAGACACCCACGGCCAAGGAACCCGGAGGAUCGCGGCGCUCAAUCGUCAAGCCGGGCCAGCUGCCGGCGGCUGCCAUUGUGAUGGACGAGUACGGACAGACCCCCGACCACUUCUACCUGGCCCGCAAUCCGGCCAAGCCGCCGGCCGAGAGGAACCAGGUCAAGCGCCGGCUAGACAUGGAGUCCCCCGAGCCGUUUGCCUUCAAGGCGCCAGCGGCAAAGAAGGGCCGUCUGGCCAGCUCAUCAGGGAGCCAACUUCGCAAAGGUGGGGAACGCAACCGGUAUGACACAUCCCUUGGUCUUCUCACAAAAAAGUUCAUCCAGCUUCUGAAGGGUGCAACAGAUGGGGUGGUGGAUCUGAAUAAAGCGUCGGAGCUGCUAGGUGUGCAGAAGCGGCGCAUCUAUGACAUUACGAAUGUGCUAGAGGGAGUCGGCCUCAUCGAGAAGAAGUCCAAAAACAACAUCCGCUGGCGGGAGGGGCGUGGGGCAGCCACUCUGAACGGCAGCAGGCAGCGCGCCAUGCAGCAGGAGGUUGAUGAGUGCAUCAAGAUGGAACGUGAGCUGGACGAACUCCUGGAGGGAGCAGCGUCUGACCUGCGAGGGCUCACCGAGCAUGCGGAUCGAAGGCAUGCUUAUGUAACGUACCGUGACCUGCGAAGCAUCGACAGCCUGGCCGACCAGACUGUGAUAGCUGUCAAGGCGCCUCCUGAGACACGCCUAGAAGUGCCUGAUCCUCACAAGGGCCUGCAGAUAUGGCUCAAGAGUGACAAAGGGGAGAUCGAGGUGUACCUGUCCAACCCCGAAGACCCCGUGGGACUAAUCAGCUGCGAACCAGACGCUCCUGCGACCAGCUUGCCUUCAUCGUCUUCAGGGGAUUACGACGAUGCGCCUGCCCAAUCAGCCACUGGAGGACCUUCCACGGAGGAGGUGUGCCUAAAGCGAGCCCUCAUCUCGGAAGAGGACGACCUCGGGCCAAUGGGCGGCCGACAGCUGCUGCUGCAAACGGAGGACCAGCUGCUAGCAGACAGCUUCGUGCAACUGGAGCCCCCUCUUUCCGAGGAGGACUAUGCCUUCACUCUCGACCAGGCAGAGGGCAUUGCUGACCUGUUCGAUGACUACGACUUUUCCGACCUCUGCCCCCCGUCCAAGUGAUGGCACGUCUCUCCCCUUUGAUUCCAACCCACCCCUCGACAUCUCUCUCUGUCUGUCUGUGCCGACAAGUACAAAAAACAGGCGCCGUGCCGUUGCCGGCUAUUCCCCCGGUGACGCCCUUCUCCCCUCCCCCCCUCGUAGCACUGCCACAGCACGCACGUGCACGCAUCGUUUCCUACUCAUGCGUAAGUGCAUGUGGCCAACGUAGUGUACAGUACUGUCCAUGGGAAAUCAAACAUGUUGAGCCUAUGUUAGGGUUUCUAAGUGAUUAUCCACUACAUGUGUGUGUGUGUGUGUGACCUUGUCCUUUCCUGGUAUCUGUUGUUUGUGUGUCGAGUCUGUUGUUUGUUUGUUUUGUUCAUUUUCUACUCUGCUGUUUUAUAUUUAUGCUUUCGACAGAUAGCUUUUAAAUCGCAUUCUCUCUUGUUUGAGGAUGAACUGUGGUGUUCGUUUGCUCGGCUUAUUGGGGGCGCAUCAGGAGAAAGAUAGGCAUCAAUUGUCUACUCGCUGGUGCUGCCUCUGGAAUGAAGUUUUACUAAGUUUAUCUUAGUCGUGUUUAAGGAACCCGUUUGCUGUUGAUGUGGCACUGCAUCACCGAGUGAUGCAGCUUGGUGGAAGUCUUCAUGUGCGUGUGUGUGCUGUGAAGAAGUCUUGCCGUUGUUGCCUUUGAAAGCACACAAGCUCACGCAGCCUACAUGUGUAGUUAUAAACUAGUUCGGCUGCAGCAGAAAGCAUGAACAUUAUUGUAGUGGAAUGUUUGUGCAAUUUUGCGUUUUUGUGCUUUUCUUUAGCUUUCUUUGGCCACAUUAGGGGCAUUAUGAAGGAGGUUGCCAUCUGCUCUCUGGUGAUGGUUGCAGAGCCGGGUUGACUCAGUCAUUUUAAUCUUAUAUUUUGUGCCAUUAGUAUGGCAUUGAAACAGGGAAGUUUUGAAAGCUGUAGGUACUUGGUCUUGCUGUUUGGAUGUAUUAUUUUUCAUUCAGGGUGCUAAUAAUAUGACAGUGCAGUCAGCUUAGGUAGCGAGAUGAUGGACUGCCUUUCAUCAUUGAAUUUAGAUUUUUUUUUAACAGCAUGGACGUUUUGGUAGGCGACAUGGACUUUUGGUUACUGCUGCUUUCAAUUGUAUAAAGUUUUAUUUAUCGUUUUGUCACUUUAAGAUAGAUUGAUGGCAGUGCUGCCUUGGUGCUGAAAGGUCAGAAGCUUGUUUGAGUGAGUAGGGGCAGGGAUUAGGGAUUUCCAAUGAUACCUUUUUUUCAGAAGCAAUGACUUUUCACAUUGCUGAUAAGUCUUGUUCUGUAGCUCUAUCAGUGCCAUCAGCUUGCUGCUGCCAAAAAAAAAAAAAGUUUGCAAUCUUUGAUUUCAAAGGUAUAUGAAUGUUUUGACACCUGGCAUUUUAGUACCUUUGGAAUAGCUCAAUUAUGAGCAGGCAGCAGUGAAGGAGUCACAGUUGUAGAAGGAGCCAUAGGCAUUGAUUGCGGAGUGCUCAGAAUUUGAAGUCAGUAUUCAUAGAGAAACAGGAAGAGAAGUGAAAAGGUGCAGUGUAAGCAUACUGCAUCCUUUUUAUUAGGCUGCUGGUUACCCGACGAGCUUAGAUUAGAUUGGAGCUUCUUGCUUGCUGAUAGUACUGGUACUGGUUAAGGUUUGGUACUGGUUAGAGUUUGUGCACUACGGACGUCAAUCUGCCUUGAUCACUCAUGCCUGUGGGCAUGAGUGAUCCCUUGGCUCUUGAGACAGAGACCCUUGAUGUGUAUGCCAUACGAUUGAUAAGCUUCAAAACUACACCGGAGGUGGCUGUUUUUAAGUUCAGCUGCACUAUGUUUUUAUGUGAAGAGUUCAUUUCUAAGUCAGGCCUUGUAUGCCAUGGUGACCACACGUGGCAGCAGUUUGAACAGUCACUAAAGCAGACUUCGCUUGUGCCCGUGGGAUCUGUGGCAACUUGUCCAGCCCCCUUGCAGGUGUGAACCUGUAAAUGCAGCAGUAGUCUGAAGAGGAAAUUUUUGUUUACAAGCAUCUUAAUGGUGUUUUUAGGACUGUCUCAAAGAACCUGGACAUCAUGUGCUCAACACUAAUGCUAGUUUGGUUAAGGCGAAAUUAGUUGUGCAUUUUUGCUUGACAGCGUGGAGUGCACAGUGUCUUUAGCAUUACCAUGCUUCGUACAUUGGCAUAGCAGCUUGGGCUGUAACUUGAGCUGCUUACACAACCAUAGCCAGAGUGCAUAAUUUGAUGUCCAUUUUCUGUAUGUGCACCGAGUGCAAACUGAAAUUGUUGGUCACACACCAGGGUGUGAGGAAUACUGUACACAUGUGCAUGCAGAAAGAUGUCACGCAAGUGUGCCCAUAACGCACGUAAGCCUCGCUUGCUUCACUUUGCAAACCUAAGUGCUCAGUGCUUGCGACAUGCUGAAGAAUGGAGGCAGUAUGUUGCAUUCUGCCUCUCAUCAAGUGUCCUUUGUCAGAGUCCAUUUAGUGUGCCAUCAUGCUCUUCAAGUUGGUCCUCGGUUGCUUUUUUGCUUUGCGUUAAGAAUGCUGUUAACACUGAAGGUUCACCUAGGUGGUUAGAGACAGCUUGCCAUCUGAAAACUCUUUCAUUUUGCACGUGCGGAGCACAGAGGGCAUUUGCAAUGAAGUUUUUAGCAGUUCUGGUGGCCUCCAACAUUCCUCAGUUUUUGAUGCAUCGAGACAUUGCCAGUAUGGCACUGACAUUCUCACGGCAGCCUGGGCUGCAUGGCCUUUAAAGAAGUGUUGUGUGCCUUUGCACGAACUGCAGCGUGGCAAUGAGCGUGUGUGGAAUGUGAGGUAUGAAAGUUUGCGGGUGUGCUUGGAGGUACUCGUUCCCCGAUGGUAUUGUGGGAUGGUGGAACCUUCGGAGCGUUCCUUUCAGACUGUUUGUGUGAUUUAAAAAGUAUUCCUCGUGCCUGCCCUCCUUCCCCUGCGACAUGUGCGUCGAGCUCUCAGUCAACACUCGUAGAAGAGAAACUGUGAACACGGGGAAGAGGCUUGCCUAUUUUGAUGCGAAGCUUGUUGUCUGACUAGGACAAUACCUCCAGCGCACUUGUUCUGGUGUGCGAUGCGAACUGCCAUUACGAAGCAAGGUAUUAUAUUUUGCAACAAGAACUGGUGUUCAUUGUACAUAGUGUGUAACAUAUAUUUUUCACUUUUUGUAGGUAUUUUGUGUAUGUGUUUGCUAUGAAAUGUUGACAGGUUCUUUUUUUUUUUUUUUUUAGAAGGUUGAAUUUGGGUCGUCUGACGCUACACAAGCAGCUGCAUGGGCUAGCUUGUUGCUGUUGCCAAAUAAAACUUCGUUUUAUAUACAAUA